AAAUGGUGGCGAUUUCAUUAUACAGAGGAAACCUCCACCGCGUCCCGGAUGUGCCUCGCCGCUGGCUUAUGCCGACUCCCAAAAUUUCCUUGAAAGACUUCAAAUCCCUCUUGAGCCGUCGCUCUAAAGCCCUCUCUCGCCACCGCUCCGCCGCCGCCGCUACCUCCUCUAACCCUAACCCUAACCCUAGUUUUGACCCUGAGCAGCCCAGUGAAGCCGCAAAGGUGGCCGCUUUGAAUCACGAACCCAAGGUUAAGUUCGAAGCGCCGCCGGAGAAGGUUGUUGCCGAUUGCGAAGCUGGGCCUUCCGGCGAGGUUAAGAACAAGAGACAACCGGAAGGCGGUGAUGUUCCGGCGAAGGAGGCCGAUUUGACUCUGGCUCUUAGAGCUGAUUUGGCUGAGAAAGGUUGGGAAGAUUCGGUGGUGGUGAAGGUAGAGAAAGUUGAUCAAUUGGAAAACCCUAAUUCUGAGAUAAAAGAAGUUGUGCUAGAUGAAAAGCAGAAGAGGAAAAGGGAAGUGGAGGAGAAGCUGCAGGUUUUGAAUCAAAAGAAGCAUAAUUUAGUACAAGUGUUGAAACAGAUCUUGAAUGCAGAGGAGGAAUUAAAGAGACGGAGCAGUGCACAAGGAAUUGUGGUUCGUCCGGCUGUUUCACUUCAGGUGGAUGUAACAAAUGAUUCUGGGUCGAUGAAUAGGCAAGUUACUCCUAGGUUAGGCUCUGAGGCGAAUAUGAGUGGUGAUAUGGAAGGGGUUGAAGGGGAUGAGCUUUCAAAUCAUAACUUCCAUCCUCGCCAUAUGCAUCGGAUGAACAGUACAUCACCUUCUUCAGAGUCUCCUCUUAGAAGGCCAGCCUAUGUUCAGCACAGUGCGGUUCCACAUCCCUCCCGGGCAAGUUUGGGGGCAACUGGUACUAGUCCUUCACGCUUUGCUCUCUCAGGGCACCUAGGGCCUCCUUCUAAUCUGCCAACAGUAUCUGCAUCAGGAACAAACUUCAUUGCAUCCUCUCCGUCCCCUGCAGCAUCCGGAGGAACUUCUACUUUCAGAGAUGCACGGUUGCCAAGUCCAUGGAACUAGAUAUCUCACAUCUGUUGCACUUUCUUUGCUUACCAUGAGGCUAUCGUCCCAACACUAGUAAGGGUGCAAUGAAGAGCA